AUGGACGACGGCGACAGCGUCGCUCGGAGUGCAGACAAGGACGAUGCCCCCCCGGGCGACGACGGGAGCUCCACGCCGCUCCCUGAGACGGUGGAACAGAUCCAGAUUGGCAAUUCACCUACCUACAAACUUGACAGAAAGCUUGGAAAGGGAGGAUUUGGGCAAGUAUAUGUUGGUCGCCGUAUUUCCACUCCUAGUCUCAGUGACAGGACACCUGGUGCAAAUGCUUUGGAGGUUGCAAUCAAAUUUGAACACCGAACCAGUAAAGGCUGCAAUUAUGGAGCUCCUUAUGAGUGGGAGGUUUACAACACUCUUAGCGGGAUUCAUGGCGUGCCAAGAGUACACUACAAAGGGAAGCAAUCGGAGUACUAUAUCAUGAUUAUGGACAUGUUGGGACCAAGCCUGUGGGAUGUAUGGAAUAAUAAUUCCCACUCAAUGUCUGUUGAAAUGGUUGCUUGUAUUGCUAUAGAAGCCAUUUCCAUACUGGAGAAGAUGCACUCGAAAGGGUAUGUCCAUGGUGAUGUAAAACCUGAGAACUUUCUGCUUGGACCCCCAGGCACACUGCAAGAGAAGAAGCUUUUUCUUGUUGACCUUGGAUUAGCUACUAAAUGGAAAGACACUGGUACAGGAGAACUAGUUGAGUAUGAUCAGAGGCCUGAUGUCUUCAGAGGAACCGUUCGGUAUGCUAGUGUGCACGCUCACUUGGGAAGAACUGGAAGCAGGAGAGAUGACCUUGAAUCCCUUGCCUACACACUUGUUUUUCUUCUGCGUGGUCGCCUUCCUUGGCAAGGAUAUCAGGGAGAAAAUAAAGGUUUCCUUGUUUGCAAGAAAAAGAUGGCAACCUCUCCAGAAUCUUUGUGUUGCUUUUGUCCACAACCUUUCCGACAGUUUGUUGAGUAUGUUGUGAACUUAAAGUUUGAUGAAGAACCAAAUUAUGCAAAGUGCAUCUCUCUUUUUGAUGGAAUUGUUGGCCCCAAUCCAGACAUAAGACCAAUCAACACUGAUGGUGCUCAGAAGCUUAUAUACCAGGUUGGCCAGAAGAGAGGUCGCUUCAUGAUGGAGGAGGAUGACGAUGACCAACCCAAGAAGAAGAUCAGGAUGGGGAUGCCUGCAACACAAUGGGUUAGUGUUUACAAUGCGAGGCGGCCUAUGAAGCAGAGGUACCACUAUAAUGUUGCAGAUGGUAGGUUAGCACAACAUAUUUCAAAAGGAAAUGAAGAUGGCUUGUUUAUAAGCUCAGUUGCCUCUUGCUCAAAUUUGUGGGCUCUAAUAAUGGAUGCUGGCACUGGCUUUACUUCUCAAGUCUAUGAACUUUCUCCAUAUUUUCUUCACAAGGAAUGGAUAAUGGAGCAGUGGGAGAAGAACUUCUAUAUCACUGCGUUAGCAGGUGCAAACAAUGGUAGUUCUCUGGUGGUCAUGUCUAGAGGAACACAAUAUGCACAGCAAUCCUACAAAGUAGGUGACUCGUUUCCCUUCAAGUGGAUAAACAAGAAGUGGAAGGAGGGUUUUUACGUCACAGCUAUGGCCACUGCAGGAAGCCGAUGGGCAGUGGUCGUGUCCCGGAAUGCUGGCUUUGUAGAUCAGGUUGUGGAGCUUGACUUCUUGUAUCCAAGUGAGGGAGUUCACCGGCGUUGGGAUAAUGGUUAUCGCAUCACUGCUACUGCUGCUACAUGGGACCAGACAGCACUUAUCUUGAGCAUCCCCAGAAGAAAGCCUGCUGAUGAAACGCAGGAAACCCUAAGAACAUCUGCUUUCCCCAGCCAGCAUGUGAAGGAGAAAUGGGCAAAAAAUCUCUACUUGGCCUCCAUUUGUUAUGGAAGAACGGUAUCAUAA